UAAUAUAAUUUUUAAUUACAGUUCCAAUUACGUUUAUGGAUACGCCACCCGAACAAAUCGGCGAAGAGAACUUGGACGUAACGUUGCGUUGCGAGGUGAAAGGAGGAGAUAAAACGGUAUUAAUUUGGACUAGCGAAGGAAAAGAAUUGCAACCACCAAAAUACCAACAGAUGGGCGAUGGACUAUUGAUAAGGAACGUAACGAGAGCGGACAGCAAAACGUACACGUGUCGAGCGAUGCAAAGGACAACCGGAAACAUAAGGGAUCAAAAUAUUAUUCUGAAGGUUGAACAUAAACCAGUUCCUCGGUUCCCUCACUUGUGGAAACAGAUCGAGCAGGCUUGGGCGUUUAUUGGCGGCGAUGUUAAUUUGACCUGCGAGGUCGACGCGAAUCCGCCAGCGAAGUUCGAGUGGUUCCGCAAAAAUCGUCUCGUCACCGUAAGGGAUAAGGCAGCCAUCCAUGAACCUCAUAGAUCAAUCCUUCAGCUUCACGCGAAUAAUUCGAUCGUUUUCGGCGAUUAUAAAUGUAGAGCGACGAACCGAUUGGGGAAGCUCGAAAAGUUUAUCACACUCCAACAGGGAGUGCAGCCCGAUCCUCCAGACGUAGUUAGAUUGCACGAAACAGGACGGCACACCAUCAGUUUAACUGUCGAAGGGCCUGAUAUGACGAAUAGGACGAUUGCCGCUAGCAUGCUACCUUCCGGCUAUCGCAUACAGUAUAAGGCCACUGAGGAAAAUUUGGAUUGGGAUCAUGCGGCAACCGCCGAUUUUGUUAAACGGGAAGAUAACAGCUACACACUAGAGGAACUCGACAAGGAUACCAUGUACGAAAUGCGCGUCGCAACCAGAAACUUGGCCGGAAUUAGUGAAUAUACAAACAGCUCGAUUUUCAAAACGUCAUCAGCAACAUUAGCCGCAACAUCCCAAUUCACUCUAUUAGUUUUCCUUAGCUGCCCAAUUGCAUUUGCGUUAAUAUUAUGAUAAAUUUUGUUAUACAUUUCUAAACGUGAAGUAGCUUCAUAAUUAAUUGUAAUAAUGAAUGAAUUUCAAUGUAUAUAUAAAGAUAAAACUACUGUAGCUACUCGGAAGAGGUCUCCCGUCACGCUCUGAUCUACGUAUAUUCCAUUUUGCAUCCGAACAAAAAGAAAAAAAAUAUCGUCGUAUUGUUGUUAGCUGUGUUACAAUAAUCUACUUGUUUAACCGGUAUUAUACUUAAGUUACCUGAAGCAAUUUAAUACAUAUUCAAUGUUGAUCAAUUAUUAUAGGAUUGAAUGCGCAACGUCCGGCAAUAUUCUUCGCAACAAAUACGUAUCUCGAUUGGCAAUAUCUCAGUUUGGGCGAUGUAAAUAAUUCUAAUUUAUGACUUCGUUAAUUUCUUGGAUCUAACACUGCCAUUAACGCUAAUUGAUGGCUUUAAUAACACAAAGCUAAUUUUUAAUCAUUUACCAUUAUUGUUAUUCUAAAGAGAAAUAAUCGGCAGUUUUAUAAAUGUUAAUGGUAAGAAGGUAAAAUGAAUGUAAAUAAGUUACAACGACGAACCUUAUUGUUAUAAUACAAAUAUUAAUUAUUGUUACUAAAUGUGCCAAAAUGAAAAUUAUUUGUGCUGAUCAAUUAAAGAUAUUUGAAUACAUAUUUAAGGAACAGGUGUACUUAGAGGCUCUUUUAAGUCUGUUUGUAUAAAUUGUUGUAAAAUUUAAGGCA